AUGGAUCACCUCCUUGGGCUUGGUCAUCGCCUUGAGGAAACCUGCUAUCCUCCUGGAUACAAGGUUGAAUUAGCAGAUCGAGAAUUUUCUCAGCAAAUCAAGAUUAUUGGAGACAAUCGAACCCUACUCCAUGAUACUCUCAAGAGGAUCCAUUUCAGCACGGUCAAAAAGAUGCUGAGACAAGACAUCAGGACAUUCUUGUAUCGAGAGAUCCUCGUUGCCGAAAUGACGGAUGUUUUGUUUCACAUGUCGAAGAGGCACUUCGUUCUCAAGCAAUGGCCCCACGAGAUUCCACUCCCCUGGCAUAGGGAGAGAAUACGGAAUGUCGCUGAGGCAGUAGCACUAUUUUGGGGGAUUUGGAAACGCGAAAUAAGGAUUGAAAAAGACAAUGGUGAAUACCAUAUCCAUCGUGUCUCGCAUCCGAAGACAAGGCCGAUAUUACCAACAGAGGGGGAUGGGAUGUUACACAUCACAAAUGUGUCCCCUCUUCCGCAAACAGUACAGGUACUCUCGCGAAGUGACCAAGCCGCCCCACCUGCGUUAGAAACAACUGUACCCUUCACCUGUACCGAGCAGACAUCCAGCCAAAUCAAAAAACGUAAACGCAGCAAAUCCGAGGCUCAAUCUGCCAAACUUGAACCUCGACUGGGAUCACCCCCAUCCACAGGACCUACAGCAUCCCACGAAGUCAUCGACCUCUGCAGCCCACCUCGAAAGCGCGAGCGCCGAGAACACGUGAAGCAGGAGCGAGAAGAGUCUCCCGAGGUGCAGUGGUUACCAGAAGCACCGAGUUCGUCUAUUGACCGGCAGUGGCGUUCUCCUAUGGUACCACCAGAAGCGAGGUCAGGGGAGGGCAAGCAUGGCUGCCGUGCGAGGUGA